AAAAAAUACGCAAAAAGCACAGAAACAGAUGACUGAUCAACAGUGAAAGGACAGCAAAAUCCCAGACAGCUGCAUUCCUGGUAAAAUUUAGAAUAACAAACGAAAACAUUCACUACAGCUAAGAAAAAUAUGGACAAUAGUAAGCCAACUGUUGUUGUAACAGGGUUUGAGCCAUUUGGAGAGCACACUAUUAAUGCCAGUUGGGUAGCAGUCCAGGAACUGAAGAAGCUGGGCCUGGGAAAGGACAUAGACCUGCAUGUGUAUGAGGUACCUGUCGACUACCAGGCAGUCCAAAGUUUGAUUCCAUCACUAUGGAAGCAGUAUCAUCCCCAGUUAGUGGUCCAUGUUGGAGUCUCAGGUAUGGCCACCACCGUUACCUUAGAGAAAUGUGGCCGUAACCAUGGCUACAAGGGUCUGGACAACAGCCGCUUCUGUCCCCAUUCUCAGUGUUGCAUUGAGGGGGGCCCAGACUGCAUUGACUCUGUUAUUGACAUGGAAUCGGUCUGCAAAAGAGUGACAGCCUCUGGACUAGGAGUAGCAGUGUCCGUCUCAAAAGAUGCUGGCAGAUAUCUCUGUGACUUCACCUACUACACCUCUCUGUACCUGAGCCAUGGGCACUCAGCAUUCGUCCACGUGCCUCCCAUAGAGAAGCCUUAUAGUGGCGUGGACUUGGGUAGGGCCCUCCAAGCCAUCAUACAAGAGAUGUUGGACAUGCUCGACCAAACCGAAGAGAAGAUCCACUGCCAGCGUGUGCACUAAUUUACCUGUGAAAGCCAACUGCCUUUAACCCCUUACACACGAGAGAUUAUUCAAAAAUGGCAACCAUACAGACACUUCCAGUUGACUUAUUUCACAGCCAUUUCGUCACAUUCUUCGUUGCUGUUUCCUCAAGCUCUUGACCUGGCCCUUUUUUUUUGGGGGGGGGUACAUUUUUUAAUCUUAAUGGUUAUGGUGAGGUGAGUAAAGCUGGUUCGGUGUUUUGGUGUAACGAGCUUUCCCCACAUUCUGUCUACAUAGAAGAGAUUGAGCAAGAUGAAUUGAACUGGAAUAACAGGAAUUGACAGAAGUGAGCCACAUGCUUGUUCUAGUAGGAGCGCUACUCUUUUUGAAUCUGUUGUUGAGAAGCUUCCAUGGUUUUGACUCUUUAUCCAUACUUGCACUGCUAUCUCAGAAACAGGGUUAGUGUAUGGAAUAUCCCUUUUUUUGCAUCAACUCAAUGUACAAGUUCCACAUUAUUUAUUGGUAUCUAUCUAGUUAAGGGGAAUUUCUGUCUUUGGUUGUUAUUCAUCAUCUUGAAGAGUUAUUUUUGUCACCAGCUUUUUCAUUGAAGUCUUAGGCGUCCACUUGUUGGUGCUACUUAAGUCAUGUUAGUACUUCCUGGAUUUUAUGUAUAUGAAAUGCCAGGUCUUUUCCUCUCCACUCACCAACAAAACCGGCGAGCUACAACUUCUGAUAAGGAUAAAAAAAAGGACUUCUCGCUCUCACCUCUGAUUUCUUUUUUUACGCUGUGGGUCUAGCCAGCUUCCAGGUCUACGGGGCUGAUUGCAUCCCGAAGCAGUGCAAUAAAUCCAAAGGAUGUGGUUUGUGUUUCUACGUCACCCAAGGCUGGUUCAAUAAUGACUCUUCUAAGUCUCCAGAUCUGGAAUCUAUUUUCAUCCACUGCAAACCUUUUUAUUCACCCUGUAAAUUUUCCUCAGUCAUUCUGGCCGGAGUCUACAUCGCUACGGACACAUGUGCACACACAGAGCAACAUCUACUGGCUGAUCAGAUCACAGAGGUGGAAAGAAAAUACCCAGAUUCUACUUUCACCAUCAAGUGGGAUUUUAACCAUACCAGCCUACAACAGGAACUUCCCAGAUACAAACAAUUGGUGAAAUGUUCAAGUCAAGAAAAAAUUCUCGACCAUGUUUACAGCACUAUUAAAGGGGCAUACCAUGCUGUCUCCCAUGCUCCCUAAGGGAACUCAGACCAUGUGAUGCUACACCUCAUCCCUGCAUACAGACAGAAACUAAAAACUGCCAAGCCUGUCAAACAUGUGGAAAUAGACUGAUGAGGCCAUUGGGGUGUGAAAACACUGCCUAGACACCACGGAUUGUAACAUAUUCAAGGACAGCAAUGCCAACAUACACGACUACACAGACAGAUUCACAUCCUGCAUCAGUGUAUGUGAGGAGAACUACAUACCAUCAAAUACUUUUCUAUCACACAGCAACGACAAACCAUGGGUCACUGGUGAGCUUAGGGCUCUCCGCAGUGCCGAAGAGCAAGACCAUUGUACUCUAUAGAGGCCAAGAAAAAGCUACACUCAGGAAUGAAGGCAGCCAAACAGCAAUACAAAGACAGGCUAGAGCAACUGCUCAUCUGUCUGGAAAGGACUGAAACAAAUUUCCAACUAGAAACCUAAAGCUACAUACCCUAACCCCUCACUGCCGAAUAAACUAACUAGUUCUACUGCAGAUUUGACACACAGGCCCCUCAAUCACGAGGACAAUACAUACCCUCCACCUACCCCUCCUUACCACUUCCCCCUCACCCAUCUACCCCACCCCUCCCUUCCUAAUUCCUCUCCAGGCUCCUCUCUCCUCUACUUAAUACUUAAGUCUAUUGACGCACACGUGCAUCAAUCUAAGUAAUACAAUUUAAAAAAUUAUCAAAAUUCCCUUUUUUUUUUUUUUUUACAUGGGUUACGUCUCAAUCCACCGCAUCCGCCUUUCCGCAUCUGAGGUGGAAGGUAACAGAGCUAGAGCUGUCAGACCAUGAGACAUCCCGAAAAAUCUGGCUUCUCACGAAAACAUCUGUAGCGUCCGAAUGGUUUGGCCUACAAACUACAAUAACCACUCAAUGGAAAGGGGAGACUCUCACAAACACUAUGGUAUUCUCCUGUGUCACGAGACCCAUCUUAAGAUACUUCUAUUAAUUUGUAUGGGUUAUGGGAGUUUUGUGCCAACAAAAAUAAGGGGUUAAAUAUGUAUCCAACCUCCAAAACCUUAUUCCUUAUGAUUUUAUUUUUUGCCAUUUUUUUUUUUGCCAUUUAUGAAUGUUUAUUCAAUGUGUUUCUAUGGGAUAUAGUAGUAAUGGCCAAGUUCAAUAUUUUAUCAACCCAUUUUUUUAUUUUUGUAUGUUUACACCUAAAGAUGUGCUAAAAUUCAAAAUCAAAUAGCUAAAUUAUCCAUGGUAUGACCAUCUUAAAACAAUUCCACAUGUUAUGUCAGCUUAGUAACCAUCCCCUCAAAUGGCUUAGAUAUUUAGAGGUUUAUAGCACUGCGUGGACCAGCUCUCCUGUUUUCACUGGCCAUAUUCAACCAGUCAUUAGAGCAAUGCACUGUUCCUGCCUGUUUCAAAUCUUCCAUCAUUGUUACAGUCCCAAAAAAACCUAAAGGUGCCCUGCCUGAACUUUUACAGACCUGCAGUGCUCACCUCGGUCAUCAUGAAAACCUUUCAGCACCUGGUACUGUCCCAUCUCAAAACCAUCACUGAAGCCUCCCUCAACCCACUGCAGUUUGCCUACAGAGCUAACAGGUCUGUGGACGACACUGUCAACAUGGGCCUACACUACAUCCUCAAACACAUCGAUAAACCAUAGACAUAUACAAGGACAUUGUUUGUGGACUUUAGCUCUGUUUUCAUUACAUCAUCUCAGAACUGCUACAAGACAAACUGUCCUAGCUGAACGUGUCCAGCUCCAUCGAUCAGUGGACUACUGACUUCCUAACCAACAGGAAGCAACACGUGAAGCUGGGAAAACACCUCUCGGACUCUUUAUUCCUCAGCACCGGAGUGCCGCAAGGAUGCAUGCUCUCACCAGUACUCUACUCACUCUGCACCUCUAACAACGCAUCUGUCAAACUACUCAAGUUUGCAGUUGACACCACUGGUCGUUCUCAUCACCGACGGCGAUGAGUACAUGUACAGUGGAGAGGUCAACCGACUAGUGGCCUGGUGCAGUCGCAAUAACCUGGAACUCAACACAGACAAAACCGUGGAAAUGUUGGCUGACUUAAGAAAACGCCCCCCCACCAUCUCUCCCCCUCAAGAUUGUUGGCUCAGCUGUUAGCACGGCUGAAUCAUUCAAAUUCCUGGGGACCAUCAUCUCCCACAACCUCAAAUUGGAGGACAACAUCAGAGGUCACCAAGAAGGCACACCAGUGGAUGUACUACUUGCGGCAGCUAAACACUAAAUCUCCCAGCCAAUCCUUAUCUGGUUUUAAGCAUCAAUCGUUGAGUCCAUCCUUCAUCUCCUCCAUCACUGUCUGGUUUGGGUCUGCCCACUGCAAGGGCAAACUGCAACACAUGACCAAAACGUCUUUCCAACUGAAUAGUUUCUUCCCCCAGGCUGUGGCCCUCACCAACCGGCCAUCUGGCCCAUAGAUACUAAAGCACUAUGCACUCUAUGCUGCACACCACAUCAGGCCAUCUCUGAACUGUAUACAAAAUAACUGCAUUUCACUCUGUCCAUCUCUCUGCAUUUAGAUUCAUAGUGUAAAUGUGUACAUCCACUGUAUAUCAAUCAUAUACCCACUGUACAUUUGUAUAUCUGCUCAUUCUCUAUGUUCACUUUACCUAGUUGUGUAUAUAAUGUGUGUAAACUUUUGUCUGUAUUCUGUCUCUAAAUGUUGUCUAUCACUAGCAGCUGGCACCAUAUCACCAAGUACAACUCUGAGUAAAUGUACUUAGUGAAUAAAGGUGAUUCUGAUGGUGCUUUCAUAAGGUGUUUAGCUGGAUUUAUAUGUUGUAUAGAAAUAUUCAGAAUGUACCUGAAAAAUGUUCGGUAGAGCAGACUUUUUUAUUUAAAGUGAACUGCACAUUGUGUUUUCAUAUCCCCCCCAACGUUAUCUAAACUUUUUUUAUUUUUUUUUCUUCUUGGGGGGGGAAAAAAAACAAUUUCAGAUAGUUUCUCUUACUUGCAAAAGCCCAAUGCUGCUCUUUUACAUGGAUUUCGUAUUGUUUCUUGAGUCUUUUUUAUAAGAAGUUGUGGUUGUGCCUUCUUUUACUAAGGUCAUUUAUAUCAGGGAACGGUUUGGUUCUAUCUCAUAUUUUUAAGUCUGUGGGCCCAACUUUGAUAGCUGUAUGGUGAUGUUUGACAGAUGUGUUCAAUGAACUUCAUCAGAUCAGUAUGCUUAUCCCAGCCGAGGAUUUCAUUUGAUGAAGUGGGCAGGUAGGCAGCCAGGUGAGAAUUGGACCCAGUUCUUGCAUUCCUGUAGCACUUUCAUUUUUACUUAAUUGACGGAAUUGUUUUGGAUGUUUCAGCUUUAUGAACGUCAGUGAGCUGGUUUACUUUUGUUCUUGUAUUUUUGUCAUAACACAGUAUUUGUUUUCAGUUGUCUCCCAUUACGGGUUCUUCCCGUGUUGUAUCUAUAUUUUAAAAGACAUGUCAUACCUCGUGGUACAACCACAUAAUAACGUACAGUGGCUGAUCCAGAUGAAUUGUAUCUUCUUCCCAGAACAACUGUCAUAUGCAAUUUUGUUGCCCAAAAUGUUUUGUGUUUACUGGGUAUUUCAGUGUUCAUGGACUGUAUCCAUGGAGAUUCGUCUUUGUGUGUUGUUUAUGUGUUCCUUCACACUGUCACAUACUGGUUAUUACAUAUGUGAUUAAAAUGUGACUAUACUCACAGAUGUGAAAGCCUAUGUCCUCAAAUGCUUGUUGAGGUGACCAAUUUCCUUUGAGAUACUCUUCUGACCUUUGCCAUAUGUAAUAAUGGAAAGGGCUGUAGAAUAUUCACUAGGUUACUAUUUAGAAAUAAACUUCCUACAUAAAUCGAUCCCAGUAUGCCUAACAUCUAUACCAACCUAUAGAUGCUCCUCUGUCUCAAUGUGUAGGCCUAUUGUUCUUAGAUGUAUAUCAUAUUUUAUGACAGAUGUAUAUCAAAUUCCUCUGUAUUUAGCCGGAUUUAUAUUUAGUGGUUGGUUUUGUAAACAAAAAUAAACAUUUAAAAAGA